CACUGAUGCUUUGGGUUAUCUCGCGAGAUCAUAAGACAACCCAGCUCUAAGACACGCUGCAUUGUGCGUUGUAGCCCUGUUAUCGCGAGACUUGCGCGAGGCUAUUGGACUUGUCCGGCGUCGCUGUCAGAGGAAAGGCCAGCCAGCUGCCAUGGGGAACAUUUUUGGCAACCUCCUAAAGAGUCUCAUAGGGAAAAAAGAGAUGCGGAUUUUGAUGGUCGGCCUGGAUGCAGCUGGGAAAACCACAAUCCUGUACAAACUGAAGCUUGGAGAGAUAGUCACAACGAUUCCCACCAUCGGGUUUAAUGUGGAGACUGUGGAGUACAAGAACAUCAGUUUCACAGUGUGGGAUGUCGGUGGUCAGGACAAAAUCAGGCCUUUGUGGCGACAUUACUUCCAAAACACACAGGGCCUGAUCUUCGUGGUGGACAGUAAUGACCGGGAGAGGGUGAAUGAAGCUAGAGAAGAGCUGAUGAGGAUGCUAGCUGAAGAUGAACUGAGAGAUGCAGUGCUGCUGGUGUUUGCCAACAAGCAGGAUCUGCCAAACGCCAUGAACGCAGCAGAAAUCACCGACAAACUCGGCCUCCACUCACUCCGCCACCGCAACUGGUACAUCCAGGCCACUUGCGCCACCAGCGGCGACGGUCUGUACGAGGGCCUUGACUGGUUGGCCAACCAGCUGAAGAACAAGAAGUGAGGCGAAUCUGUGGACAACUGAGCUGCAGCUCAUCAGGGAGCACCAGUGGGGUUUCUUUUAUUGUGUUUACAAAAUGAGAAUGAAGAGAGCAGGCGGGCUCAGAGUCUAGCUGCGUCGCCUGUACUUUUCACAAAUUUGUAAAAAUGUCACUUUUAAUCCCCUUACUCCCAUUCUGAUGAUUAUAUAAUGAUAGGAAAUCAGUAGCACAUCUCCAUAUCUUGUUUUUUUCUGUUUUGUCAAUGGCAAGGAAGCCGGUUGAAGGAUGUAGAAGUGAAGCGAUUGAGUAAACAAUAGUAAGAGAUUACGCUGAAUUUUGUUAUUAUUGUGGUAUAGAGUCUGUAGUGUUAAAUGCAGGUCAUUUAAACUAUUCUAAUGUGCUGCCCUAAUGGCUCAGAGGUCCUAGGUAUUGUGGGGAAAUAAAUGACGUGAACAUUCUUUCGGAGACCGAUCCAAGAGUGCUAGACAUGUUUCUAUUUUAUAUGUUUUUGCUAGAGUAAUGCUAUUGAGGUUUUACAGUAACAUUCUGUGUUUUAUUAGCAUUUAGAUCUGUGGUGAAACAGUAUUACCUUUUGACUGCUUUGCGUACAUUGCCCUGCUCUGAGCGGGCCUCUGCGAAUUUGUUGCACAGAUAGAAGACCCGAUCACUACAUUACACAUUUGUUAUUGUUUCGUUUUUUGUUUGUUAUUUAUUUUUCUGCAUGCAGACAUUGACUAGACAGAAUACAGUGGCUGCACAUUUCUUGGCUCAUCAGUUAUAUCUCCGUCGGAACAAUGUGCUGUUUUUGCAUGUUGCCUCUCUAGCAUGGUAGUGUGUGUGCUCUGCUUUUCUCAUUCAAUCUGUUGCAUGUGUUUAUUAGAUGCUGUGCAUUAGACAAGAGUAUAGCUCCCUGUAGCGCCAUCAGUGGUCUAGAUGUCCUUUGAGUUUGUUUGAAGCCACUGUAUUUAUAUCUCUCAUCAUAUAUCGGUGGAUGAGAAGAAGGCGUUUGAAAAGAUAUUUAUCGUGUGCGCUUCUGAUUCAAGCAUUUUCUAAAGCAUUAUCCACAAUUUCUGUAGUGUUGCUGAGAUUUGAAUGGUUUUAAUCCAUCUUUUUCACUCAGUAAUGCUGUGUUAUAACACAGCAUCCCACAAUACCUCAACUUGUCUCUCUUUGCUCGACUGUUUACUUCCUCACUGAACUGCCCACAAAGACGUGAGCUUCUGAACUCGUACUGCUGCCCCAUUUCUUUCCACUAAAGCAUUCUCAGCCAUUCCACUCAUGACACCACAAAACUGCAUUUUCUUUAUUUAUUUAUUAGUGAUUUCUUUUCUUUCUUUUUUUUAUUUGUACCAAUUGUGCAAACCAGGUUAGAACCACUUACUAGUUCACAUGUUGCAAAGAUGAUUGACUGCCAUUAAUACGAUGUAUCUACCUGUGUGAAUAUACCCAAUCAAUUAUUGAACAAAACUGUCCAAUAAACUAUCUGUGACAAAAAAAAAGGAGUUAUUAUGGAG